GACAAAAGACGUCGUGCACGAAGAACUCGUGCAUUCAUCAUCCUCGGCUUCAUCAUUAUGGCAGCGCUAGCGUUUGGUACUGCCCUGGUCAUCCACUUUAUAUUCAUCACACCAUUGGAGGAGAGAAAUCCUAAUAACUCUAUUAACGUGUCAUUCUCUGGGAACACAACAACCUCUAUCCAUGCAGAUUUUGCUCAAACAACGCCAUUAGAUACAGAUGUACAUAAAGACAAGGAUAAAUUAUUUCUUGAUGACCUAUUGAAAAGUUCUCAACAUGACAACCAUGAUCACGUGCGAAACCAUGGACAUACUCUACAUCCUGGUGGUAAAACAUCCGACAAUCAUGUUACCACAACCGCCGAGACUUCCGUAACAGGAACUUCAACCACCGAGGCUUCAACUACUGAAACUUUAGUCAGAGGAACUGUUACCACCGAGGCUUCAACUAAAGGCAAGUAUCAUCUUUAUACUGGUUGCAAUCAUUUGACUGAGCACUUCACAUGUAUUUGCAUUUUCACUGCUUUGAAAUUGCUUGCCACAUUAUGUAUUUAGUCAAUAUAAUUCAAGAUAAGUAGUAAUCUUGUAUGGCCUGCACGGUGCUGAAUUGAAUUCAAAGCUUAAUUACCUUCGUUUCAAGGAAUAUAAUUAACAACUCGGAAUAGAAAAUGAAACAAAUAUAUCAUUGCUAAAAUAUCAAUCGUCAGUAUAACAAAACAAGGGGAAACAAAAAUUUCCAGUUAUACAAGGUUUGUCCCAAAAGUUCGA